AUGAUUGGUUCAACAUCAACCGGGUCAGAAGCCGGACAUAAAUGGGACGGUUCACAUGGCACCAAAUUUAUGAAAGAGUCUGGUCUAAGUUUACCGAGAACUCUUAAGGAUAUUUUCGUCCAUCUUGCUGGCAAGAUUGGUUUUGAAGAACAAAAAAUGAGAAAGCUGAACAUAAUUGGCUUUGGUCAAUCUCGAUUGCCCGGCUGGGUACAUUUGCCGGUACACCAGGAGAAAUCUACUAGAAUCUACGCGGAUGUAAGCAACUUCGGCAAAUCUUUAGAUGUGUUAGUUGAAAUCAUACAUGCAAAGACGAUGAAGAUUGUGAAUGAUCUAGACAAUAAUAGUAACGUUUCAAGAUGGAAACAACAGACUAAAUCAAAUUCAAAACGAUUUCCUAAUAUUCCUGAUGUCCAUUCAACACCAAAGAAACGCAAAAA